AUGCCUCGGCCGGCUCGCGGCCGACUGACUCCGUGGAUCGAGAGUCUGAUCCUGAGCUACAGCGUCCCGGAGGAGGAUGACGAGGAGCAGCAGGGUGGCAGGAGCAGCGGCGGCCAGCUGAGGGCUCACGUCAUCGGGGUGGGGCAGUUGUCUCUGUCCCAGGCUCAGCCCUGGAGCUCCGAGGGCCCCACCGGGCUGCUCUACCUGUCCGACGGGCAGCUCCAGAUCCCGGCCGUCCUCACCGCCGCCGCCUGGGAGCUUCUCCAGGAGCAGGAGGACCGCGAGAGCUUCUCCAGCCUGCUCAACACCACCGUGUGCAUCCAGGACUACCGGCUGCUCUUCCACAUGGCGCCGGAGCAGACCCGGUGCAGGUUCUUCCUGUCGGUCGGCGAGCUGGCGACGACGGCCGCCGGCCCGCUGAAGGACAACACGCCCUGCUGCACCACGCUGAGCUCGGUCCGGGUGAAGAUCUGCCAGACGUGGAGGGCGCUGCUGGGCCGCGAGGAGUCGCAGAGGAGCCAGUGUGGGUUCGAGCUCUCCGAGCUGCUGGGCGAGUGGCGGCACGACUGUCUGCAGGAGCUGCUGCAGGACAUCCGGGUCAGACUGAGCCCUAAACCCUCCACCUCGACCCCGCUGGGCCUCCACACCACCGGCUGGGACCUGGACAGAGUCACAUAUAAGGGGGAGGAGCCUUUCAGCGUCCCCAUGAGGUGUCUCCUCAUACCGGAGGAGCUUUCAGGUGAUGAGCAGCAGAUGGAUUCCACCCAGAGCUCACCCUUACUGGUGGAGGAGGUGAUGGAGGAGUCUCUCUCCAACCCCUGGGACAUAUUUCCUCCUCUGUGCAUCUCCUCUUCUUCGACCUCCCCAGAAGCUACACCACCACCACCACCACCAACCACAGACGCUGCAGCCGUCUCCAGCGAGUCCAGCUUCCUCCCGGCGUACCAGAACCAGCCGAGCGGCUUCGUCUCCACUGCUGCUGCUUCGUCCUCAUCCAGUCCUCCAGACGGAGCCUCCACGGGACGCCAGAACCUCCUCGCCGUGGAGCAGGACGGCAACGAAACGGAGGAGAAACCCAGGAAGGCGAAGAGGAAGCGAAGCGAUCCGUCGCCCGAAGCUCUGAGCACGCUGGUGGAGGAGGAGCUCAGCACCAGUCCUCCGUCGUGGCUCUUCGACUCUCAGGCCGGAAGCUCCGGAACCGAGGAGGCCAGCGGCAGCAGCAGGAUCAGCCCCAAGCGGACCAGAAACACUCCCAGCGUGCACAGCGACAGCUCGCCGUUCUCCUACUCCUACCAGGUGAGCGGACAGAACCUGCAGGAUCUCAGCCGGUUCCGAGUGGCGGCGUCGCUGCUGCACUGGGCGGUGAAGUACCUCCUGAGCCCGAAUCAGACGGACCAAACUCAGGACGUCGUCUGAGCAGGUUCUGGUUGAGCCGCUCGGUUUUUGGGUUCAGCUUGUUGGACGUUAACGUUUCAUCUGCAACCGUUCUGUUGGGUUUGGACCUAAAAAGUUAAAUAUUUGCUGUUGUGACGCCUUCAGACACGAAGAUGUGACGUUUUUGUUCGUCGCACAUGAAAGCAAAGUGAAUAUCUGGAUUUUUUGGACAAAACAAGACGUACGCGGUGUUUUUCACACAAAAUGAUGAAUUAUUUAACGGAAACAGAGCUGCGUGUUUUCUUGAUUAAUGAAUUAGUCGAACAGAAAAUUCAUCAGCAGCUAAAACUGAUGCAAAAAUGUCAAACACUCGAUGUUUUGACUCCUCAGAUGUGAAGAUUUGAUGCUUUUCUCUGUCACACGUGAUGCAAAACUGAACAAGACGUGAUGUUUUUCCCACAAAAUGAUGCUUCAUUCAAUGGGAAUCGAACAGAGCUGCUGUGUUUUGUCGAUUAAUCGAUUAGUUGACUGACAGAAAACUCAUCAGCAGCUAAAACUUGAGCAAACAUGUCAAAUAUUUAAUGUUCUGACUCCUCAUAUACAAACAUUUCAAGGUUUCUUUGUCGAACCUGAUGCAAAGUUAAAGUUUUCCCCCCAAAACGAUGAAUCAUUUCAUGGAAAUCUACCAGAGCUUCUGUGUUUCGUUGAUUAAUUAGUGACAAAAAAUUUAUAAGCAACCAAAGUAAAAAUAUUCAACAUUUGAUGGUUUCAGAUUUUAAAAAUGAGGAUUUGAUGCUUUUUUUUUUGUGACGCUUCAGUGAAUGUGUUUGGAUUUUUCUCUACAAAAAAGAAGUUCUAACUGGCUUUUGGUGGCGUUUUGCAGACAAACUAAUGAAUUAUUGAUGAGAAAUGUGACAGAGCUGCAGUGUUUCAUCGAUUCAUUGAUUAUUCAGUCAACAGAAGAUCCAUCAGCAGCUAAAACCGAAGAAAAAAAAGUCAAAUAUCUGAUGUUGUGACUCCUCAGAUGUGAAGAUUUGCUGCUUUUCUGUGGUGAACAUGACGGUAAAGUGAAUAUCUCUGGAGUCCUGUGACAAAAACAAAACAAAUAUUGUUUUCUGUAGUUUAGUAAAUUUACAAUAAAACAAUCGAUUGAAGAGAAAAUAAAAAUCUAAUGAGCAGACUAAGUGUUCUGUGCUGUCAUGUUGGAAAAAAGUGUUUACAGCAGUUUGCUACCUUUAACUUCUGUCUUUGAGUUUAUGAAAAAAAAUAUUGUUCAGCUUAAACAAAGCAAACAGAAAAACGAGCUCCUGUGUUUUGUAACGUGAACUGAAAUCCUCCUUCCUGUGUUUCGUGUGCCGUCGCUGCUCAAUUUAAGGUUCGAUUAUUAAACUCAAAGAGAAAAAACAUUAAAGCUGCAUCAACAUCUGGCUCCUGAAACCUGAAAACUCCAAAUUCAAAAGUUAAAAUUUGGAUUAGAAUGAUUCAGAUUUGGAAAUCCCACGUUUUUCUGCCCAGAAUUCGGUGAUUUAUACGAGUUUGUUUGAGCAACGUCGGAUUGUUUUGAUGCAAACUUCAUACGAUCAGGGAAUCUGGGCUGCAAAGAGCCACAAAAGCAGCACAAAGGGAGUCAAACAAGCAGCACGAGACACUAAAAACGACAACUAAAAGUGAACAUUUACAGGAAUAAAAGAGAAGCAGUUCCCUGUUUGUCCAGCAGGUGUCAGUAAACACACACAUUGCUGUCGUUUAAGACCA